AACAUUUAUCUCGGGGCCAUGUACAUCUGCAACUAGUAUAUAUAUCACAUGCCAUGCGUGUGUAAGUUCAGUGCAGGGCGUCUUAGUCUUAGCACCUGCAGCGACGGCACGCCGGCACCUGCAACUAAUAUAUAUCCGAUGGCUAGCUGCUUCAACGGCGGCGGCGGCUGGCCGGAGCCCGUGGUGCGCGUGCAGACCGUGUCGGACACCUGCGGCGCGACGAUCCCUGAGCGGUACGUCAAGCCUCCGUCCGAGAUGCCGUCGUUGUCGCCUUCCUCCGACGGAGGAGGCGGAGGCUGCCUGAACAUCCCGGUCGUGGACCUGUCAAUGCCGGACGCGGACGCAACGUCCCGCGCCAUUUCGGCGGCGUGCCGAGAGUGGGGUUUUUUCCAGGCCGUGAACCACGGCGUGCGCCCGGAGCUGCUGCGCAGCGCUCGCGCGGCGUGGCGCGUCUUCUUCCGGCAGCCCGCGGAGGUGCGCGAGCGGUACGCGAACUCGCCGGCAACGUACGAGGGCUACGGCAGCCGCCUGGGCACCGCCAUAGGCGGCCCCCUCGACUGGGGCGACUACUACUUCCUCCACCUCCUGCCGCCGUCCCUCAAGAGCCACGAUAAGUGGCCCUCCCUCCCUCCCUCUCUGCGGGAGACGACGGAGGAGUAUGGCGAGGAGGUGGUGCAGCUGUGCCGGCGGGUGAUGCGGCUGCUGUCGAGCGGGCUAGGGCUGGAGGCCGGGAGGCUGCAGGCGGCGUUCGGCGGGGUGGGCGGCGAGGGGGCGUGCAUGCGGGUCAACUUCUACCCGCGGUGCCCGCAGCCGGAGCUGACGCUCGGCGUGGCGGCCCACUCCGACCCCGGCGGCAUGACCAUGUUGCUAGUAGACGACCACGUGAGGGGUCUGCAGGUCAGGAAGGCCGACGGCCAGUGGAUUACCGUCGACCCCGUCCCCGACGCCUUCAUCGUUAACAUCGGGGACCAGAUUCAGGUGCUGAGCAACGCGGUGUACAAGAGCGUGGAGCACCGGGUGACGGUGAGCGCGGUGCAGGACCGGCUGUCGAUGGCCUUGUUCUACAACCCGCGGAGCGACCUGCCGAUCGCGCCGAUGGCGGAGCUGGUGCCGCCCGGCCGCCCGGCGCUGUACCCGGAGAUGACCUUCGACGAGUACCGCGUCUGCAUCCGGCAGCACGGCCUGAGCGGCAAGGCGCAGCUCGAGUCUCUCUGGGCCACGGCCACCGCCGCCGGCUGCAGUUCUACCGCUCAUCCCAACCCAGCACCAGCUGACGACUCCUCUAGCUAGCACUACUCUACAAGCUACCUAGAGACCGAGCUAUACCUACUGAUUUGCAAGUCUGUGCAUGUAUAUCAUUCGAUCGAACGGUGAAUAAUUUGAUGUUUAAUUUCUGUGGAACUGCUGUGGCGUAAAUUCGUCCCAUAUAUGUACGUGCAUACACAUAUACAUGCGUAUAUUGAUGAGAGGAGAAUUAUUUAUGCA